UCCUCGCCACCAAAAAUUCACUCCAGUCCCCGGAAUCACAACGGGGGCAGGUGCCUAACUAUCAUUCCACGGCGUUUACAACACAUAUAUUCCGGUAUCAAGCCGACAUUCCCCUCGGCCAACAGGAGAAGACACAGAUACAUAGAGGGUAAAUUAUCACGCUUCCCGUGUCCACGAUGACGGAGCCCUUAGAUUUCUCAAAGACAGAACGCAUCGUAUUGCUCAUAGAUCUUCACCCACUCUUCUGUCUUGAAAACCCUAACCCCUACCUCACCGCCACUGUUGCAUCCGUCACACGCCUCCUCAAUUUUCCGCCUCUCUUCAAAUCUCUCUUAGCCUACAAGCUCUUUUUCUCUUCUCUUUCCCCGCUUCGGUCCGCCUCUGCCGUCCACCGCUUGCUUCCCAACUCUUCCCUAACUUCUCUCUCCUUCAAUGACCCCUCCCACACCCUAGCUUCUCUCUCGACUGCCCUCAAUUCUCUCUCGCAGUCACCAAUUGCGACCGAAUUAUCAAAUGCCAGACCUCUAGCUUCCCAUACAGCUGCCUCAUUGCUUCAGUUGGUACAUGAUUACGCGUGGGAGUCUGAACUGGAAACUGUUGUAGGAAAAGGUAAUCAGCAUUUUCCUCUAGUUCGAUCGAAUUUGGUUCUUUUGUUUUCCUCUGUUUGUUGCUCAAUUUCCAGCUUAUCUGAUUAUUUGGAUGUGGGUGUGGGUUCUCGAGUUUUGUGUGAAUUGGAUGAAUUCUCGGUUAAUUUUUGCCAUCUGUUUGGUGCUGUGCAUGAUGCAUUUGCUGGGAGGGAUAUUCAUUUGAGUUGGAUUAAUGUCAAGUAUGAAUCACAAGGUAAUUACAAUGAAGUCAAAGAAAAUAUAUUUGGAAAAGAAUUAGGACUAUUUGAUGAAGGGAUCAGAAAUUUGGGUUGGGGAUUUUGUUCAACUGACUCAAUUAUUCUGGGAUCUGCUAUUCUUCCUUUUAGAUUGAUAUACCCGAAAAUUGGUGUUUCAUUGAACUUUGCCAAUUCAAGUUGGUCAUGUAAACGUAGUGACGUGCAAUUAUAUCUUGAGAUCUUCGAUGUCAAUGGUAAACCUUUGGAAUGCAACUGUUGUCAUCUUGAACUGCUGAAUUUGAAGACCUUAUCUGGGAAAAAAUCUGAUGAUAGCUGGGGUUCCUUGGAGUUAAGAGACUCACAAAGCGAAAAGCUUGAUAGUCGUGAAGCUUUUUGGCAUCGCUUCGGUGAUGGAAUGAUAAAGCUGAGCUUUAAGGCUGUGCAGAAGUAUAAUGAGGAAGAGAAGAUUGAAGGGUGUUUAUCUGACUGCAUCCUGGUGAAAGAGUUGUCAAGAGAAUCUAAGAAACAGAAAAGGAAUUCUACUGAUGAUUUUUUUGCUGAUAGGGUCCUUGACAUACUAUCUAGAGAAAUAAAUGAGGCCUGCAGUUGUAAUACAAUGCCCAUCUGGCAGAUUCUUCUGAGUUUCUUGUCUGGUGAAGGUUAUUUGGCCCUGGUCUCCCUUUCAAACAAAAAUGGAGAUACAAUUCUUGGUGUUCUCAAGCCUUUCACUGCACAUUCGGCUCUUCUCUCAGUAGUAGAUAGUGAUUUUCUUGGGGAUCAUUGCCGCAGUGUAUCAAAUUUGGGCAGGGGGCGGUGUGAGACUUACAAUUCUUAUACUGAUAUAAGCAACUCAAAUGGGUUUAUUGGUUCUCAAAUUGAGACUUCAACUUCUGGGGAUUGUGAUCCUUUUGGAGGUGGAAAGAUGAAAAAACACAAAAAGCAUUUGCACCAGGACCUCACAUGGAGCUCCUUUUGCAAGGCAGCCUCUGAAUGUUCUGAUUUUGACUUGGCAGCAAUUUACUUUUCUAGAAAGUUUGAUAAACCGAAGAAGCUUAAGUUCUUGAAAUGCUGGUUAAAACAGAUUGGGAACCAUAGCCAAAACUACGUAAAAUCUUUUCAUGUAUCCAACUCCACAGAGGAAUCAACCCCAUCACUUAGCUUUUCAUCUGAACAAUCUGGAAAGCAGGAGGAAGCUGUGAUAUCUUCAUGUCCAGAGACCUCAGAAGCCUUCUUUGGUAGUCUUAAAAAGAGAAUCCAACAAGGACUUGAAUCAGGAAUGCACUUGCAGACAUUGGCUGAACGACUUGUAAAGUCAUCCAUUUAUUGGUUACUUAGAAGUUACAAAACAUACGAAAAUGCAGAAGGUCAAAAUCCAAUACAAUUAGAUGGUUCUUGCCAAUCACUUGGUGCAAAACUGAUUGACUUAUUAUUAACAGACCCCAAGGAAAUGAAUGAUAUGAGAAAUUGCAGCAAUCCAUCCUCCAAUUCUUGUGAUCCAAAUCCUGCCUCAGAUUUAACAGUUAGAAAAUAUGAAUUGCAGGUUUUACUGCGGAUGGAGAUUUUUCGGUCAGAUAUUUCAGUGAAUAAGGAGCAGCCAUUAAAGCAGAAGCUUUUGAAGCAGAUUUGCUCCCUUUUAGACAUCAUUCAGUAUCUCAUCGAUGGAGGCAUCCAUGGUAAUGUUAGCCUGUAUGAAUAUGUUGAGCGUACCAUCAAAAUGAGAUAUUGUAACGUACUCGACGAUAUUGUGAAGGAUCUCUACACUCAAAUGGAUUUGUUGCCCUUCGGUGACGAGGAUGAGACCCAAGCUCUUCUCUUCAACAGUGAGGAUAGUGGUCAAUCUUGGAGGGAUAACAAAGACACGUAUGAGAAGGCUGAAAGUCACGACGUAUAUCAAUCAGUCUCGGUAGAGGAGGAGACGUACCAGCAACAGGAGAAUGUUGAUGAGAGUCCUGAAGGAAUUAGAAAAGAUGAACAAGCACGCAAGUUAAGUGAAGCUCGUGAGAGGAGAGAGAGGGCAAGAAGAUUUGUGUCUUUUACAAGUUGGAUGCCUGAUCUUCAAAGAGUUUGGGCACCAAAGCCACUUAAGGCAAUGAAUGGAAGGUCUGAUUCUAUGAAUAAGGACUCCAAGAGGAAGGAUAAAGAAAGAGCUGGUCAUAGUGUUGUCUGUGAGACCCCAAUGACAGAAGCGAAACGUCCGUGCUCUAGGAAUACAAGUGAAGGAGAUGACGAAUGCAAGGAUCCUGAGAACUACUCUUCUUCUGUAUCCAAGGCUUUAUUCCAAGAUGAUUGAUGACUGGCAUUGCUUUAGCUGCCGCAGCAAGGCCCCUGCAUGGCAAAUGAGGGAAGGAUUUGUGUUUGAACUUUACUUUUUUUUUUUAAUUUUAAUGGUAAGAAGGAGGCUACCGCGUAAUCAUCGCUGUGUUUACACUUUGUACCAUCUUAAAAAUAGCUCAAAUCGAAGUUCAGCAAAAGAAAAUAAAAGAUGGAGAAG